AUGUAUGCAUUCCUUGCUUCUAGAGCGUUGAGACGUUUCGAGACUCUCAAAGAUGAGCUCGAGUACAUCAAAACAGCCCGUCAACAUGUUACCACUCGUAAGGCGUCCAUCACCGUCGAUCAAGAAGCGAAUGCAAUCGGUAAAGGCAAUGGUGAUACAACUGCCGUGACAAGUCCAACCCAACGGCAUAGUUUGAUAGCGUCGCUGUCCCAUGCCAUGACAAGUCCAACCCACCGGCACAGUUUGAUAGCACCGCUGUCCCGAAUUCUACCUGAACGUGUACUCAAAAGAAUACCCGAACAACGAACGCAACGUAUGCAGUAUAAAAACACCAACAAUCUGAAAGUGGCCUUCAGUGAAUUAUAUUUGAUGCUCGUUCUAUUACAAAAUUAUCAAGUACUCAAUUUUACUGGUUUUCGUAAAAUAUUGAAAAAACAUGAUAAAUUAUUUCAAACGACCCGCGGUGAAGAAUGGCGGUAG